AUGGGCAACAAGAUGUUUAUGUAUGCCGCAGUAAGAGGUCUGGCCGAAAAGUUUGGUGCUCUAGUAGCAGUUCCAGCCGAUCUUCCAUUGCUAAAAAGUUUUAGGCUAAGCGCCUUUGUUAUUGACAGUGAACAAUAUACAAGCCUACUAAAACUAAACGAAAAGCGUCUUCGUACUGGAUUCCUUUCUGUUGGAUAUGAGGAAAAGAUUGUCAAAAAAUUAUUUUCGGAUUCAAACAGUUCUUUGGAAACGAUGAGGGGCUACUUUGAAUCAUUCAAAUAUUUUGCGGGAUACGUGAGUUACGUUCUUUUAUUAAACUUUUUAGCAACUACUGUUUUUAAUAUAAAUUACAAUUUCAGAUAAGC